UUUCUCGAAAAAGUUUGUUGCUGUUCGGGAGUGCAGCUUCCUAAAAUUUCUGUUUCAUCCAAAAAAAGAUAUGUUUUAGCCAUGACAUCAGCUUUUUUACAAUUCAUUGAAGUAGAAAACUUCAAGUCCUACCGUGGUAAAGUUACCAUUGGACCACUGAAAAAGUUUUCCGCUGUUAUUGGCCCAAAUGGAUCCGGAAAAUCGAACUUCAUGGAUGCGAUUAGUUUUGUGAUGGGUGAAAAAACGACUAGUUUGAGAGUUCGAAAACUGAAUGAACUAAUACAUGGCGCCUCAAUCGGAAGGCCGAUCUCGAAUCGUGCAUCAGUAAUGGCCAAAUUUAUCGUCACCGGUAAAGGAGGCGAAGAGAAUCCGAAAAGUUUUCAACGUUCCGUGAUUGGAUCCUCUUCAGAGUACAGAAUCAACGGAAGUGUUGUCGCAACCAACACUUACCUCCAAGAGCUGGAGCAGAUCGGUAUCAAUGUGAAGGCAAAGAAUUUUCUGGUUUUCCAAGGAGCGGUAGAGAGUAUCGCUAUGAAAAAUGCAAAGGAACGAACAGCUCUGUUCGAGGAAAUUAGCGGGUCAGGUCUUCUGAAGGAAGAAUAUAACAAACUGAAGCAUGAAAUGCAAAUGGCUGAGGAAGAAACCCAAUUCACCUAUCAAAAGAAGAAAGGCAUAGCGGCGGAACGGAAAGAAGCCAAGCUGGAAAAGCAGGAAGCAGAUCGCUAUGCACGACUCAAACAAGAAUACGCCGAAAAACAAGUGCAGUACCAAUUGUAUCGGUUAUAUCAUAAUGAAAAAGAAAUGAAGCGACUAAACGAAGAUUCGGAAAGCAAGCAACAGGAGCUGGUUCUGAUCGAGAAAAAGAAAGAGGAAGCUGACGAUGUUUUGAAGGAGAAGAAAAAAGAAGCUGGAAAGAUUGCUAGAGAGUUGGCAAAAAUUGAACAGGAGAUUCGGGAGGUUGAGAGUGAGAUGAGCAAAAAACAUCCAAUGUUUAUCAAAGCUAAGGAGAAAGUUGCACAUACCAAGAAAAAACUCGAUGGGGCAAUGAAAACUCUAGAGCAAGCGCGCAAAGCGGAUGAAGCUCAUCAAGCGGAUAUCCGCAAGUUGGAGGAGGAACUCGGUGGCAUCCAAAGCAAAAUGAAUGCGUUCGAUGAAGAAAUCGCUGGUGAAUCAAAAAAACGAGGAAGUAACGUUCACUUGGAGCAAAAUUUAGUACAAGAAUAUGAUCGUUUAAAGCAAAAAGCGGAUGCCACUUCCGGAAAAUAUCUCAUCAAACUGGACUCGGUUAAUCGUGAACAGAAGUCGGACCAAGACUUGCUCGACAGUGAAACAAACAAAAAAGCUCAGAUUGAAGAAAAUUACAAAAAAUAUGAAUCGGAGAAGAACGAAGCUAUCAAGCGGCAGGAAAAGCUAAUUGACCACAUCAAGUCCAGUAAGCUUGCGCUCGAAGAACAAAAUCGACUGAAGCAGGAACUUAGCCAAGACGUUGGGUCAUCGAAAGAGCGCAUUCUGGAGCUGCAAGCGGAACUGGACAACGUGCGUGAGCAGCUGGGGGAUGCGAAAAUUGAUAAGCAUGAAGACGCGCGUCGCAAGAAGAAACAAGAGGUGGUGGAAUUGUUCAAACAGGAAGUUCCUGGCGUUUACGAUCGCAUGAUAAAUAUGUGUCAACCGACGCACAAACGGUACAAUGUUGCGGUCACUAAGGUACUUGGAAAGUACAUGGAAGCCAUCAUAGUUGACACGGAGAAGACGGCCCGUCGAUGUAUUCAAAUUCUGAAGGAGAAAAUGUUGGAUGUUGAGACAUUCCUUCCGUUGGAUUACUUGCAAAAGAAACCAUUGAAGGAAAGACUCAGAAACAUAGAGGAUCCACGUAAUGUCAAGCUCAUCUAUGACGUGCUGAAGUUUAACCCUCCACAAAUUGAGCCAGCAGUCCUGUUCGCAACUAACAAUGCGCUGGUGUGUGAAACGCCGGAUGAUGCCAUGAAGGUGGCAUAUGAGAUUGACCGUAGCCGGUACGACGCGUUGGCGCUGGAUGGCACAUUUUACCAGAAGUCGGGAAUUAUUUCCGGCGGCAGUCACGAUCUGGCCCGUAAAGCAAAACGGUGGGACGAAAAACACAUGGCCCAGUUGAAGGCGCUCAAAGAGAAGAUUACCGAAGAGCUGAAAGAGGUCAUGAAAAAGACCCGUCGUCAAGGUGAACUGACCACCGUCGAGAGCCAAAUCAGGGGCCUGGAGAAUCGAUUGAAGUAUAGUCAGAACGAUUUGGAUGCUUCCAAAAAGAACAUCAAAGAGUACGACAAGAAAUUGGAGCAGCUUCAAAGGGAAUUGGACCAAAUUGGGCCUAAGAUAAGUGAAAUCGAACGUCGAAUGCAACAGCGGGAUUUGAAAAUUCAAGAAAUCAAGGAAAAUAUGAACAAUGUUGAGGAUGAUGUUUACGCUGAAUUUUGCGCUCGCAUUGGCGUGGCAAAUAUCCGACAGUUCGAGGAACGUGAGCUAGUGCUGCAACAAGAAAGGGCUAAAAAGCGAGCAGAGUACGAACAGCAGAUCGAUCGCAUAAAUAACAAUUUAGAGUUCGAACGAUCGAAAGAUACGUCUAAAAAUGUUCAACGAUGGGAACGUGCGGUGCAAGAUGAUGAAGAUUCGCUUGAAACAUUCAAACAGGCAGAAACUCGCCAACGCCAGGAAAUUGAAAAGGAUAAAGAGCGCAUCGAAAAGAUGAAAACCGAGAAAAAUACGAAGAAAGCCACUGUAGAUCAGAUGGAAGAGGAAACUGCCAAAGCUCGGCGCGAUGUUCAACAGCAGGCCAAAGAACUGGCAGCGGUUCAUCAGCAGAUUUCAGGGAUAGAGCAGAAAAUCGAAACGAUGAAGAACAAACGUCACAAUCUUCUAAUGCAGAGCAAAAUGGAUGAUAUUGACAUACCAAUGAAACGCGGUAAUAUGGAUGAUAUCGUCCAACAAAAUACGGAUAGCCAUUCGGAAACCACUCCACUGAGCGCGAUUUACGAGCGCGAGAGUCGAAUCGAAAUCGAUUACAGCUCAUUGCCAAAAAAUUUAACCAACCCAUCAGAAACCGAUCAGAUAAAGAAAGUUGGGGACGGACUUGCUCGAGAGUUGCAAUCAAAGCUUGAUACGCUGGAAAAGAUUCAAACGCCGAAUCUCAAAGCUAUGCAAAAGUUGGACCGCGUAACAGAAAAAAUACAAAGUACGAAUGAGGAGUUCGAAGCAGCACGUAAAAAAGCGAAGAAAGCAAAGGCAGCAUUCGAGAAGAUUAAAAACGAACGAUGUACACUGUUCACAAACUGUUGCAACCAUAUAUCUGAUGCGAUCGACGGUAUUUAUAAACAACUUGCGCGUAAUGAAGCUGCCCAGGCAUAUCUUGGUCCGGAUAACCCAGAGGAGCCUUAUCUGGAUGGCAUUAAUUACAACUGUGUUGCGCCUGGAAAGCGUUUCCAACCUAUGAGCAAUCUGAGCGGCGGAGAAAAAACGAUUGCCGCUUUGGCGUUACUUUUCGCCAUUCACAGCUUCCAGCCGGCGCCGUUCUUCGUUUUGGACGAAAUUGAUGCUGCCCUCGAUAACACCAACAUUGGAAAAGUGGCUUCGUAUAUUCGUGAGAAGUGUACUAAUUUGCAAACAAUCGUAAUUUCUUUGAAGGAAGAAUUUUACAGUCAUGCCGAUAUUUUGAUUGGAAUAUGUCCGGAGCCUGCGGAGUGUCUUGUAUCGCAAACGUUAAUUUAUGACUUGGAACAGUUCCAGGCCAAUCCAUAGAUUCACUGGACUCCUUACAAA